UAUUUCCUAUGUCAUUUUAUUUACAAUGACUAAAAGUUGUACAGAAGAUGUCACAAAGUCUUCAGAUAGAAGACCAAGGAGUGGUAGUGAAGUCAGCCCCCGAGUCCCCCUUCACUUUACGGUGCACAAGCCCGGGUGUCACUUCGAGAGCUGCUGCGGCGUGUGUAACCUAUUCCCAGGUGUACUGCUGAUAGCUUUCUGUCAAGUGUUGGUCGGCUCCGUUCUCCUCACGCUCAUACUGACUCAUGGCAAGCAGUACGACAAGAUACAUAACACGCCAGACUCGCAAAUCAUGAGCCUGGGCACCGGCGCCAUGCUGAGCGGCGUGACCGGCGCUGGAUUCUUGCUCAUAAUAGUCGCCCUCACGGAGAACUGUAGAGCUAUGCUGAUUUAUUUACUGGUCGCGAUGUUUGUCCUGAUGGGGAUUGUAUCUCUGGCAGUUGCUAAGAUUGGACGCUCCUGUAUACGGUUUAAAGACGCUUCCAAAAUAAAAGACGAGCAGCAUAGGUUAGUGAACCUGGCUUGUGUUAGCGGAUUGUUCACAUUUUUCGGAGCAGUGCUGUAUUUCUUCUCUUUUGUGGUGGUGUUCAGUUUCUACCAUUUCCGGUACGUGCGACGUGCCAUUCUUAUGCACGAGGCAGAGUGCGAGUAG